CACCACAGCACCAUUUCUCCACCAUUUAACCAUCUUCCCCGAGUCCCAAGGCAGCUACAACCUUGCGCCAUGUCGACGUCGAGGCUGCGGCGGGGGAGCGGCGGGAGGCAGUUCGCGGUGGGCGGCGCAAGCGUGAGCGUGGGGGGAGCGGGCCGGUGGCGGCACGUGGCGGUGGUGGACGGCGUCGGCUGCGGCUGCCGCCCGCGCCGCCCGUCGGCGUCCAGGCUGCUCAUGAGCCUCCCGUCCUUCCUCCGCCCCUCGCCCAAGCCGCCGGCGGCGGCGCCGGCACCGCGGCGGAACGCCAGCUUCAGCUCCACGCACUCCUCCUCCGCCUCCUCCUCCUUCUUCUUCCCCGCCUCCGGCGCCGCCUCCACCACCUCUUCCUCCUCCGCCUACUCCCACGACAUGACGGCCAAGGCUGCGACGGCUCCGGCGCCGGCGCCGAGGAAGAAGAGGGCCAAUAACAGCAAGGCAAAGAAACGCCGCGAGGAGAAAUUAACGGCGGAGGCGGAAGAAGGGGAAGAGGGGGAUGUGGGGGUGGCGGUGGAGAAGGAGUCGUCGGACCCGCGGGGGGAUUUCAGGGACAGCAUGGUGCAGAUGGUGGUGGAGAUGGGGCUCUGCGACUGGGACGGCCUGCGAUGCAUGCUCCGCCGCCUGCUCGCCCUCAACGCGCCGCGCCACCACGCCGCCAUCCUCGCCGCCUUCGCCGAGGUCUGCGCACACCUCGCAUCCUCCUCCUCCUCCGCCCCGCCGCCGCCGCCUUCCCCUCCGCCUCCGGCGUACCAGUACCAGUAUCACCACUACGACGAUUACUACUCCUACUGAACCAGAUUGACGGAGAGCUCGCCGUACGUGCUCUGUUUUCGUCGGUCUCGAGAUCCUGGCACCACCGGGUGUACUAGGUCGCAAGUUACCGGUGGUGCUAGGAUCUCUCUGGAGACAGAUUAAGGUAGAAUCAAGAGGAUUAGUAGGUUGUCUCUGGACUAUUAGUAGAUUCAGGUACCAUGCAUGCAUGCGUGUGUUUGAUUAGUAGGAGUAAGUUCUGCUCUGCUUAAUUUGCAGGGGUCGUCCGUGCUGUUUCUCUCGAGUCUCGAUCGACUCUGAACUAGUUUCUGCCAAGUGUUGUCAGUGUGUUUGUUUCUGCUGGCUAGUGUGUAGUGUGUGUCUGUAUGUGCCUGUGUGGCCUUCGGUUUUGCAUGAAGGUUCACUCACAAGUCUGUUUAAUCAGUUCACCAUAUGUAACUAUAUUUGUAUUUGUACUAGUACCGAUGUAAUGUGUUUAAUUAUAUAAGUGAACUAUGUCAUUUUGUUGUGUA